UUAACGUAUUUAGACGUAAAAUAAAUGAUGUCCGUGCGCUAAGUAUGCGGCAAUUCGCGUUGUUUGUGUGUGUGCAUUCUGUGAAGAAAUGAAAACAUAAGAAAGAAUUAAGUUCGGAACAAAUAAAUGGAAGUGUUAACAAUUAUAAUACAAUUUUGUGAAAAUACUAAAUAAUACUGAAAAUAAGAAAUUCGUGUGUGUUUGUUGUGUUAGCGGUGUCUAAAGAGUAGAAGCAGCACAGCAUCCGCCAGCACGUUGUUGGUGUUCAAGGAGCGGCAGACAGUGCGAAAAACGUCGCCGCCCUAGCAAAUAAUGAAGGAAAGGUGCAUUCUGGUUGCGCCACAAGCGUUUGCUGCAUAAAUUAAUGAAUGAGUGAAGUGGCAAGUGAAUGAAUGAUAAAGCAGUGAUAAUCGCACAGUGUGGCAUGAUGUUAUUGAAAAGGGUGAAUGCCACCAGUGCCAAGUUUUGAAUGAAAUUGCCGCUCCAAGUUCUCCCAGUUCAAUAUUAAUUACAGUCUUGAGCACAAAAUCUAAUUGACUUUCUCGACUCAGCAGAGACAAGUUAACUUAAACGCAUGUAUUUGAUUGUGAAUACGCGUGUUGCAAGUAAAGUGUAUAGCACAAUUUAAACGUGGGAGUUCUGUUCCUUCAAAGGUCGCGUUAAAGGUCAAAUACCCGAAAGUCUUUUGUGAAAACAAAUUUAGAGAAAUAAGCAAAUUUCAAAUUUUAUUGUUGCAUUUUCAUGUUGCAAGUUGCGUGACAUUGUGAAAAUAUUGUAACGUCCUUUCAGUACGGAAUAAUAACUUAAGUCAAGUGUUUGUAAACAGCUACCAACCAACAACAACAACGCGUUAUAAAAAUAAACAAAUUUGAAAUUUGUCAUAUUUAUAGGCCAGAGCUCUGCCGCGGACUUUUUCUCGAACAGCUGAGCAUCAUCACCUACAGCAAACAGGCGGCUCAUAGACCUUCUCGACAACAUAAGCACCUUGGCUGACUUUACGCCUGCAAGAAAAACGCACAAUAAGUAAAUAAAUAAUUUUGAGCCGCAGCAAAGUCGUCUCCUCCAGCCUUGGGCGGCCCCAAAAAAUUGCAUCAAACGGAGAGCGCAAGCAGGCAGCUGAGUGCACAGUGGCGGCAUUAUCAGCAGCAGAAAAGCAGUGAAACAGUCAGGCAGCAACAACAACGCGCGGCAGAGGAUACGCUCUGAAGAUGAACCUGUGUUAGAGCGAAAAUGGCUGUGAGAGACGUGGCCGUAGCCGUCUUCUCAGCAGUAGUCAGCCCGCGACCGUUGAAGCGUUUGGUAGUGUUUGUGAUGACAGUCGGCGCGUGUUGAGAAAAUGUAAGGAUCAGUGCGCGAGUCGUUUUUAAGGACCGUGGUGGAAUAUUAAAAAAAAGAGAAAUAAAAAACAAGUGAAUGUAAUUACGCGACGAACGUGUCUGCAAAGUAACUACUUAUGCAAAUACAUAAUUUUACGAUUAUUUUUAUUAGCAACGCGACCGACUGCGUGUGGCAAGCGCGCACAUAUACAGUUAUCAAGAAAAGUGCGAAAUUGAAUGAAACGCCGUGACGCGUGUGUCGCCGCGACAUGCACGUAUUUGUGUUUGUGUGCCACCGUGUAGCCUGAGCUGUGAGUGCCGUUUGGCAGGUCAACCGUCUGUGCGCGGAUCUUCAUUGAGUUUAAUGCCGUUUCAGGCAAAACAACACAUUUCUGCCACAUGCCACCAAAAACCAGAGUGUUGUAAAUUUUUAUGUUUGUACGCGCGUUUGUAAAAUCUUAUGAGCGCUGCCAUUAAAGCUGCGCAUAACGAGCGCUCUACACAACGAAGCAAAAAACGCUAAGCGCUAGAUCGUGUUCGAAAGAAUUAUAAAACGCGCAACAAAAAUAACAACUGAAAGUGUUUCAGCAAAGCACCACUGCCAAUUGGCAUUUGUUCCUUAAUGCGCCUACGAAAAUCGCUUUCUUCCUGCCCCAACGCACGAGUGUUAGUGUGUGUGUGCGUGUUUGUGUGCGCGCGCCGGUGCUUAAGCGAAAUUGCAGCGAUUUUAACGAUAGAAAUGUGUGUGUUCAAGUGUUUGCUGCCAAAUUGAUUUAAACUGCCACUUAUGUAGUAAAGGCAAAAAUAAAUUUGCACGAAAAAUGCGCCAGGUGAAUUAGCGCGCAAGCAAAGAUUUCCCCAAACAGUGGCACAAAGCAAAAAAGCAAAAAUAUCAAGUAGCGCCAAAACGAAAUGUGCAACGCCCCUUGACGCGCCACCCCGACAAACGACGGAACGGUAAAUGAAAAUAUUUUCGCGGAAAUUGCAUGCCGUGCAACAUUUACCACCAAUGUCCAUUAAAAGUUGCCCCUGCGUGUAGCUGUGUGCAUGUGCGCCUAGCAGCCAAGUGACUACUGCGGCCAUAGCGCGCAACAAUACAAAUAAAAAUAAACGAAUUUACAAAAUUUAAAGUGCAAAAUUAGUGAAAUAAAUAAUAUAAAGUGUUAUUAUCGUGCGAGUGCAACAAGCCGCGUCGCGCCACCGCUUACGUUACAAGCGCGCGCGCUGCCACAUGUGAGCGCGCCCAUAUACACGCGUCCCACCAAACCAACCCAACCCAACGAAGCAACCGACCAACCGAGCAAACCGACCGUCAACAGUAAUUACGCGCGCGUAAAUUGGUCCCGUUUCGACAUUUUGUAGCGCGUUAAUUGCCGCAUACACGCUAAAUUCGCACAUCAACAACUCGGGUACAAAACUUCGCGCCAUUAGCGUCCGACCUCCCAAGGCACCUGUUCGUGUGGCAUUGCACUCUGUGUGUGUGUGUUCACUGUUCACCGUUAAUCGCUCGCCUGCGAACUUGCCACACACACAAUGGCCGUUAGCAAUAUCGUUUGCGAGUGGCUACGCGCCCUUGGCCUGUCGCAAUAUGCGGAGAGCUUUCUGGAUAAUGGCUAUGAUGAUUUAGAGAUUUGCAAGCAGGUCGGCGAUCCCGAUUUGGAUGCUAUUGGCGUGGAAAACCCCGUGCAUCGUCACAAGUUGUUGAAGAGUAUACGGCAAUUGCGUGAAAAAGGUGCCGCUUCCGUUUAUUUCAUGUUGAACGAUCCGAGCUCGCUGUCGGGCAGUAUGGAGAUUCUGUGUGAGACGCCACCGAACGAGCUGGAUAUAGUGUUGCGCGAGCAAUUGGAAACCGAUGGCAUACGCUUGACAGCGCAUCCUUAUUCGACACCGGACGGUCAGCGCGGUCAUUUAGAGGGUCUAGCAUCCGUCUAUUGUGAAUUGUUAAUGGCUCCCUUUGGAGAUAUUUUAAGUGCUUUAGAAAACGCUCGUCAGGCGGCGUGGGCGGAGCGAAGUCCCCUGAAUCCGGCCGGUGGCAGUGGGAGUAGCGGUAGUGGUAGUGGCGUCAGUGGCAUUGGUGGCCCCAGCGCCAGCACACACCACCGGCAUCACGGUCAUCGCGGCCAUUCGAGCCAAGGUGGCCUGCCAAAUAGUCAUAGUCAGCCAAUUUAUGUGCCAGGAAAAUACUCGCCCUCGAGUUGUCUGUCCGACAAGGAAGAGGAUGAAAUUUACGGUUUUGGUUAUGGUGUUUUUGCACCGCGUGUUGCACGCGGCGGCCUCACACAGCAGCAGCAGCUACUACAACAGCACACCUUGCAGCAGCAACAACAGGCGCAAGCAGCACAACAACAACAGCAGCAGCAAUUACCAUUAGUGCCAGGUAGCCAACAGCAUUUGCAACAGCAGCAACAACAACACCAGCAUCAAGCCCUACAAGCCCAUCAAACACUCCCGCCGAAUGUAGCACACUUGAAUUUCCUGCAGCAAAAUUGCUUAAGUCCAAGAUCAGCGUAUUUCUACGAAUUUCCACCUAAUGCAGAAGGUCGCGAGACCAAGAAACGUACCACCUUAGCGAGACUUCUAAAGGGUCUGAAAACUGUAAAUCGACGAGACCGAAGUAAUCAACAAACCGCCGCACAAGUGAGGGCGGCGAAUGAACGACUGAGACAUUUUCAAACAAUGAAUGGAGGACAACACCAAAGCUUUGAAGAGACAAUCCACAGGCUGAAAGUACAAGAAGCAAUGCGCAAAAAGGAGAAAUUCCAACGCGAACACGAAGAGAUUUUACGAGACAUACGGCAAGGUUUACUACAAAUGAGUCGUGAGGGUCGAAUAGACGACACCUACAUGUAUGACGAUGCACUACGUGGCCCACAUUACGCCGUAAGCGGUCUACAUCAUCAGGGUCACUGGUAUGAUGAGCCGCCAUAUGAGAGCGAUCCAGAUGACUUCCUAAUGUCCGGCAUCAAUUGUGGACCCGCCGCUACAAUACAGGGCGGUCGGGUACGUUUCACCUCGAACCGUGAGAGUGUUGGUGUAAUUUCAUUAAGAUCCGCCGGAGAUAUUUCACUGCCACAGCGAGGACCGCCCCGGCGUGGGCUUAUCGUGCCACAGCAGCCGCCAAAUCCACCGACAAUAAUACCGUUAACGCAUGCCAGAUCGCAUGAUCGCGAGAGCGGCGACUACGCGGGCUCCAUAUCGGAUCUGCAAAGUGUCACCUCACGUCUCAGUGCAGUUUCGAUCGGCACCAACAACUGCACCGCCCGCUAUCGUACGCUGAGUGGCGGCAUCGGCGAGUCCCCAUCGCUCUCGCCAAGUCCAUCAUCCGAUUACGAGGAUAUUGCGGCAACGCGCGGCCUGCCGCCCAGUCUGGCGGCGAAGAGUAAAAAGAACGGCGUGCCGCACAAAGCCAACACCAUCAGCCAGAAGGCCACAGUGCAUCAUUCGAACGAAAUGCGAAACUCACCAAAGGAAAUUGGCGUAUUUAAUGAGAACGGAAGGAACUUUGUAGCCACAAAGGAUACUUCGAGGGAUUUCAGCAAUUCUCAAGAUAAUACCGACCGCGGCAGCAUGAGCGACCAGGCCUUUGCGUGCUCGGCAAGUUCGGUGGAAAGUUUACCCAGCGCUUCCGGUUCAAGUACCCAAGCUUUGGUGCGACCAGGCAGCCCGCAGAGCUCCAUCUCCACCGAGGAUCGCGCUUCGUUAGUGCAAAUUUGCAAAGCCAAAGCACUUGUCGACAGUAUGCCGAAUCCAUAUGAUAAGGAUGCGCUCAAGUUUAAAAAAGGUGACAUAAUCGAUGUGCUGUCAAUGAAUGCCUCCGGCAUCUGGAAGGGUCGUUGUCACGGCCGUAUCGGACACUUUAAAUUCAUCAAUGUUGAAGUGUUGCCCGAGCAGCGUUUGAAGUCGUCGAAUAGUAAAAUCCUCUGUGCUGGCGGUUUGGGCAUGGGCGGCGUCGGUGGUGUUGUGGGCAUGGGUGGUGGCGCCAGCAUGCGGCAUGUCAGCAGCAAUGGUCCGAGCUCGGUCGAAGAUUUACUCUUUCGCAUUGGACUGAAAGAGUAUACGUCGGUCUUCGUUUUAAAUGGCUACGAAGACCUUGAACUUUUCAAAGAGCUGGAGCCUGCCGAUUUGGAUUAUUUGGGUAUUGUGAAUCAGGAACAUCGCGCCAAAUUGUUAACCGCCGUGCAGUUGCUGCAUGAUAUUGAAUCCACCCAUUUCUCCCAAACAGGUUCGGACGGCGACAUCGCUGGUUCCAGCUCGGAGAACGACGAGACACGCCUGAAUAACAUCAAUAAGAAGCAUGGCGCAUCGCCCUUCGGACGUCGGCAUUUUCCACGCGACUCCGGCUGCUACGAGGGUUCGCCUGUUCCCACCUCGCAGACACCCACACAGAACAUACCCUCCACCGAUGAGUCCAACAGCUUGGACGAUGUCGUCACCAAGUGUUCCAGCGAGAUUAUGAAGCGCGUCGAAAGCGCGCGCCGCCAAAAGGAAAAUCCCUUCAAAGCCGGACUCUCCGCACGCGUUGGCAAGAAGGCGCUACUGGGCGCCAGCCUAAUGGGCGAAGACACCUUGACACGCGGCGGCGGCCUCAGCGAAAAGUCCAGCGACUCGGGCGUCAGCAGCAGUUCGCUGUCCUCGGGUCCCAUGAAGAACAGCACUUAA